ACUUGAGGGCGACUGCCAGACAACGUUUGACCCCUCCCGUGGGUCGCGAGUCGCGACCCACCUGAAGCGAACAGAACACUCCGAUUCUGAUCCGUCGAUGAUCUGACGUUCGUCUUCGGGGGUUCCUAAACAUUGCGCGUUUGAUCAUCGCCGAACACGGAACCGCGUCUUCUCCGUGACUUCCAAGAUCAUGCGGAAUUCACGGGACGAUUGGUGUGCGCGGGCGGCUUCCUGUCACCUGACUCCGUCGCUUCCUAUGUUUGGCUUCCUGCGUGGACCCCGACGGCGCGACGCGGAUCUCCAAAGCCGUUCGGCGUCUGUUUCACGUUUCGAGGGGUCUCGGAGCCGGAGCCGGCGGAGGGGCUGACGGAAACCAAAAAAAAAAAAAAAAAAAAAAGCGACGGACGGCUCGGCGGGGUCGCUUUCGGGGCCUCCUGGAUUCGGAACGUGCCAGGUAAUGGCUUCCAGAUUUCCAAAUGGAAUCGCCCGGAGCUGCACCCGAUUUCCGUCGGUUUCACCCAAAAGCGUGACCUCGCUUUCGGCGUAAAUGGGAGCAGAUAAGACAGGAAGGAGCCAUUCAGCGGAGGAAGAGCAAAGAAGGCGAUACGCACGCCCCCCCUCCCUGACCCAACCCCCCCCCGCCGCGCUCAAGAAUAGAGAAGCCUCAGUCUCCGUCUCCCACGCAAAAACUGGAGAUCGCGGAUCCUGCGCCAUGGCCGACGCGGCGCAGCCGGACCCGGCGGCCUCCCGUUACCACGCGACCCUCCGUCGGCCUCUCGGAGAGACGAGUGCGGCGUGGCGCCGCUCACGCCGUCGCCCUCGCCGCGGGCGGAGGUUCGACCGCGGAUGGCCUGCCCGUUCUCGGUCGUGGUGGCGAUAGACUUUGGGACGACCUCCAGCGGCUACGCUUUCAGCUUCACGGCGGACUCGGAAGCCGUAAUACACACGAUGAAGCGCUGGGAGGGCGGAGACCCCGGCGUCGCCGACCAGAAGAGCCCCACCUGUCUGCUGCUUACUCCCGACUUGCACUUCCACAGUUUCGGCUUUGCGGCGCGGGACUUUUACCACGACCUGGAUCCGGACGAGGCCCGGCACUGGCUCUACUUUGACAAGUUCAAAAUGAAGCUCCACAGCACUUGCGAUCUCACCCUGGCGACGGAGCUGGAGGCGGUCAACGGUCGGAGGGUGGCGGCCAUCGAGGUGUUCGCGCACGCGCUGCGCUUCUUCCGGGAGCACGCCCUCAAGGAGGUGAAGGAACAGAGCUCCUCGGCGCCGGAGGGGGACCGGGUCCGAUGGGUCAUAACCGUUCCUGCCGUGUGGCGACAACCCGCCAAGCAGUUCAUGAGAGAGGCCGCGUACCUGGCGGGUCUGGCGUCCGCCGAGCGUCCCGAGCGGCUCCUCAUCGCCCUCGAACCGGAGGCGGCCUCCGUCUACUGCCGCAAGCUGCGCCUCCACCAGUGGAUGGACCUGAGCCUGCGGCCGACGCCGAACGGGGCGGACGCCGACCAAUCGCCGCCCUUUGACUCCGGCUUCAGACAAGCCAGGGAGCAGCUGAGACGAUCCAGACACAGCCGCACCUUCGUGGUCCAGAGCGGAACCGGAGAGCUGUGGUCCGAAUUGCAGACCGGCGACAAAUACAUCGUAGCAGACUGCGGAGGAGGAACGGUGGAUCUGACAGUCCAUCAAAUUGAGCAGCCUCAGGGGACACUUAAAGAACUCUACAAAGCCUCAGGCGGUCCGUACGGCGCCGUCGGCGUGGACCUGGCCUUCGAGUCCAUGCUCAGGCAGAUCUUCGGAGACGACUUCAUCCGGAGCUUCAAAGUGAAGCGGCCGGCCGCCUGGGUGGACCUGACCAUCGCGUUCGAGGCCCGGAAGCGGACGGUGGCGCCGGGCAGGGCCGACGCCCUCAACGUCUCGCUGCCCUUCUCCUUCAUCGACUACUACAAAAGCCACAGGGGGCAAAGCGUGGAGGCUGCCCUGAGGAGGAGCAAUAUGAACAUCGUCAAGUGGUCGUCGCAGGGCAUGCUGCGCCUUACCCAGGAGGCCAUGAACGAGCUCUUCCAGCCCACCGUCGCCAACGUUGUCCGACACAUCGAGGAGCUGAUGUCAAAGCCGGAGGUCCGCGGCGUGCGUUUCCUCUUCCUGGUGGGCGGCUUUGCCGAGUCGCCCGUGCUGCAGGACGCCGUCCACAAAGCGCUGGGGCACGCGUGCCGCGUCGUCGUCCCGCAUAACGUCGGGCUGACCAUCCUGAAGGGGGCGGUGCUGUUCGGGCUGAACCCCACCGUGGUGCGGGUGCGCCGAUGCCCGCUGACGUACGGCGUGGGCGUCUUGAACCGCUUCGUGAAGGGACGCCACCCUCAAGACAAGCUCCUCAUCAAGGACGACCGGCAGUGGUGCACCGACAUCCUGGACCGGUUCGUGUCCGUGGACCAAUCAGUGGCUCUGGGCGAGGUGGUGAGGCGGAGCUACACGCCCGCUCGCCCGUGCCAACGGAAGAUCAUCAUCAACAUCUACUGCAGCGCCACGGACGACGUCACGUACAUUUCGGACCCCGGGGUCCGGAAAUGCGGCACGGUGACGUUGGAGCUGCCGGAGCCGUCGGCGGCGGGAGGCUCGGGGAGGAGGGAGAUCAGGGCCACCAUGCAGUUCGGGGACACGGAAAUCAAAGUCACGGCCGUCGACGUCGCGUCCAAACGCUCCGUGAAGGCGUCCAUUGACUUCCUGUCAAGCUAAAGCGCGUCAAAACCAACAACCGGGAACUGUGGCUCAACCCUGCAAUUUGGGUGAACUGGAUCGAUUAACCGUCCAGGUUGAAGUGACGUCGUUAAAAGUAACACACCAAGUUGACUUUGCAGGUGCAUUUAUUAAGAAUGGUCCAAUAAAUACGCACACGCGCAGCGCA